GGAGCCAGCAGGGUGAUGCAACAGAGUUUGCACGGCCACUCCCCAAUUGAGGUACUGGGACGUUGGAUCACACUGCAGUGUCCUGUGCUCUACAGGGGGAUGGAGCCAUGGCAGGAGAUGCUGAUGGAGAAUCAGGACCUGUACCAAGAGAGACAGAAGGGAGAGCAGCCAAGUGAGGCAGGAGCAGCCAGGAUAGAGCCACUGCAAAAAGGUUCUCCCCUAAACCAUGGAGUGGAACAGCCAGAACCCCCAGGAGAAGGAAGACAUGCCCAGGAGAAAGGUGAGAAAUUGGGGCAAGGGGACACACCAAGUCAAGAGACUGCAGAUCCAACACAACAGCUGCAGACUGGCAUCAGCAGAGCGGGUCCCCCAGAGCAGGAGGUGACUCCGAAAGGAAAGCAUCCAGGGCCCACCUUAAAUCAUCCAGUCCUGGAUGGAGAUGGAAACACCUCCGGAGGAGAAGAGAUGCCGAGGGUCUUUCAGAGAGGUGCCAAGGAGGAAGCGGAGCCGCCCGAGGAGGGGAGACGUGAGGAAGCCCUGAUGGGGGAGCUCUCUGAGCUGGUGCAGCAAGUGGUGAAGAGAAGCAGCUGGUGGGAGAGACAUGGCAUAGAUGAUUCUAUCAUUACCCUGAACUUCCUCAUCCUUCCUGCAGGGUUCCUGUGUCUGCGUUCAAACAAUGCCCUCCUCUUCCUGUUGGGCAUCUUCAUCUUGGGCAUAGUGCACCACACUGUAACAGUGAAAGGAAGCCACUUGGCCAGCCACAAUGCCUUGACGGAGUCCAAGUCUUGGGGGAAAGUGUGGGCCAUAUUCUUCCUCGAGGUUUGCUCGGCUUUCACAGCAGAGCAGGCAUACUACAACCAUGUGAAACUCCACCACGGUUACACUAAUGUUAUCAGACUAGGCGAUUCCAGUACUUGGAAGCUUCCUUUCUUGAACCGAUAUGUCUACAUGUUCAUUGCACCCAUUGCUAUACCUAUUUUAACCCCUCUAGUGGCACUUGGUUUGCUGAAGGAUGUUGAGUUGAAAACGGCUCUCCGGACCCUCUGCUGCAUGUUUCUUGGGCUCUACUCCCAUUACUGGCUCCUGGUCAAUGUCUCAGGGUUCCAAUCAGUGCGGUCUGCCCUCAUCUGCAUGUUGAUCACACGAUCUCUCCUGGCCCACCCCUACAUCCAUGUUAACAUCUUCCAGCACAUUGGCCUCCCGAUGUUCUCUGCUGAUAAGAAGCCCAAGCGGAUUCACCUGAUGAGCCUUGGAGUUCUGAAUCUGCCCCGGAAUGCCCUGCUGGACUGGUCCUUUGGGCACUCAAUCAUCAGCUGCCAUGUGGAGCAUCACCUCUUCCCAAACCUCUCUGACAACAUGUGCCUGAAGAUCAAGCCCAUAGUCUCCCAGUACCUGAAAAAGAAGAAGCUGCCAUACAACGAGGACUCCUAUAUGUCCCGACUACAGCUGUUCCUACACCAUUACGAGGAACUGAUGGUCAAUGCACCCCCAAUAACUGAACUUGUGGGGAUUCAAUGAUAGGCUCUGGAACACGACAGCAAGACAUAGGGCUGUUUCCUGUGGGUCGUUAUAACAUCGGACAAGAUCAGGAACUUUAAAACCAAAGACGUUGCCCUUAUAAAGCAAUCAAAGAGGAAACAA